UCGCUCACUGCAGCCGACGCAAAGUGGCGCGCUAGACUGCGCAGUCGCAGCAGUAGCAGAACAGGCGAGACGCAGGCAGACAGUCCUCAGCAGCAGCAGCCAUGGCAGAUGGAAAGCCCAAGGAGGGAGUAAAGACGGAGAACAACGAGCACAUCAACCUGAAGGUGGCAGGACAGGAUGGCUCAGUGGUGCAGUUUAAGAUCAAAAGGCACACUCCUCUCAGCAAACUGAUGAAAGCUUAUUGUGAACGGCAGGGGCUGUCAAUGAGGCAAAUACGAUUUCGAUUUGACGGUCAGCCCAUCAAUGAAACAGACACACCUUCUCAGCUAGAAAUGGAGGAUGAAGAUACAAUCGACGUGUUCCAACAGCAAACUGGAGGCUCGCCUCUUUAAAGACUGUUUCCUAUGAACAUCCCUACCUCCCCCUUUCAUCCCUGAACAUCUUUGUUAUACCCAGUCUUCAAAUGCUCAUGACCAGUGUUGAUACGAUCCAGUGGAAUAUUUACACAAAAUACUCAAAGGCAGCAUCACAGCUAGUGUUGAGUUUGAUUACACUGCCAUGUUACGUGACAUAUUAACAUGUCUGAACAGCGCAGUGCAGACAAUAUGUAGGCUGCAGUCAGUCUAACGUGCCGAAGAAGUGAAAAACUGUUUUUGUUUGAGUUUUUUGUUUGUUUGUUUUUUGUUUUAAUUUGGGAAGAGAGAACGCUUGGUCCUGCUUUUGCUUUUAUACUUACAAAGGCUUUGAUUAAAGAUGGAGGUUUGAUUGAUGUAACCCUGUGUUUUAAAUUCACUGACAUCUGUUGUUAUUAUAAAAAUGUAUUAUUGGAAUAAAUUGAGUCUUUUUUUUCUUUCUUUC